CCCAGAAAUGACAUGACACAUUUAGGCUUUUCCUUCAAAAUCAUCGAACUCUAACACAUAAAAACAAACAAUUUCGAAAUUAUACAAACAGUGUUGUUGAAUCCAUCCGUUCGCACUCUUACGUCGCUUGUGUAAUAGUCAAAAUCACAGUAAAGUACCAUAUUUUUAGAACUCGUCCCAUAAAUUUAUGUGCAGCUCGUGCUUUCCCCUCGAGAGCCAUGUUCCCCAACUAUUGCUUUGCCAAGGUGCCCAACGACUAUGGCUACGAUCUGUUGUACAUGCCAAAGAACGCCUACAAUGGUAAUCGCCAGCGCGUCGACUCGCGUCCGUUGCGACAUCGCGGCAAGGUCACGGACGAUGGGUUCCUUGCGCAGCAGGCUCUGCAGGACAGGCACAAUGAGAGGCUGCGCAGGCUGCACGUCCUGAAGCCUCAGCCACGAUCAGCCGGUCGAAGCGUGGAAUUUCGGCUGCCUCCAAUGGAUCAGCAGCUGCCCAGAGACAGGGCGCAUGCUGGCAGCAUUGAGAUAGAUGAUCGGGAGUACGGUAAAAGGCAGCAGCAGGGUCCUCCUCAGCCACAGGGUGCUCCCCCCGCAAGGAACUUGCCCGACCUGAGUCGAGGUCCGUCCGAGACUAGCUCCGACUUCUUCAACAUCCUCUACGAUAAUGUGCUUAAUGCGGUGCACUCCGCCGUCGAGCAUAUGGUGACCAAGCACUUUGCUCACAUCGUUACCAGAAUGGACGAGAUUGCCUCAGAUCUAACGCAGCAAGAGACGCUAAUGAAGCAGCACAACAACGAUGUAAUGGGGAAAAUUGUUGAGCAGAAUGAGUCAAGCCUCAACCAGUUCAAGUUUGUUGCCCAGAUGCUCAUCGACAAUCAGACGUUGUUCUAUCGCGCGCUCAACAACCAGCGCCAGUCGAAGCGAAAACUAUGCACAGAUGACCUGACGGACGAGAGCAAAUGUUACAGUGUGGAGUGUGCUCAGCGCCUGUUGGACGAGUACGAUCAGAGGGAGGAGUCCGACACGGCUGUGCAAAGGCCGAAGGCAAGUCCUUCGCAAGAUAGACCACAGCAUCAGCUAUGGGAACAACAAGACUUACGACCUCUAUUCCAGCAGUCCACAUGCAAGAAUUGCAGCCACAAGUCCUCGAGGUCUGGCAACUCCAGCUGCUCGAGACCAAUCGCUGUGCAGCGCACGGGCAAAGGCAUUUCGACCACCAGCAUGCCCGACUUGCAUCGCUCGCCGCUAUUUCCCUCGUCCAGGACUCUCAGCUGCAAGAGCAGCAAGCAUUCCAGCCAGCGUUUAGUCACGCCCACUAUGUGGACGCCGUUAGGCACUGGGCCACGUGGCAGCCAGGCGUCGCCGUCGAGCGCAACUGGAUCGAGUCGCAAGUGCCGCUGCCAGGUCAACCCAUCCGCGCCAGUCACGCAGGCUACCAGCUCAGUUGGCUCGAAACGAAAGCUACGUAGCUACGGCAAAUCACUGCCAAGUCUGGAUGAUGAAAGAUCCCAGAAAUAGUCAAUCCUUAAUCUUUGAUUUGGGCCUGAGCGCCAACCCGCGAUAGCUGCCAACUGUGUUCCAUGGCAUUUUAAACUCCCAUGCACACAGUUGACAGCCAUACUUGGUUGGCACAGUGCCUAGAUUAUGUACACCAAAUUCUACAGAUUUUACAAAUUUAAUGUAGUUAAAGUUUUUACAAUAUUUAAGUAAAUUAUUAAAGAACAA